AUGUUCCUCACCAACCUCCUAACACCUUAUACCCUCCUCCUCUUGCCUGUCCUCUACUACAUCCUGCCCUACCUGCGCAACUGGUCCAUCCGCGCAAUUCCCGGCCCUUUCGCGGCGAAGUUCUCAAAUCUAUGGCUGCUGUACCAAGCACGGAGAGGACGACGGUUCUUAGCCGUGCACGACGCUCAUAAAAAGUACGGGACGCUCGUCAGGAUUGCGCCGAACCAUGUCAGUAUCGCGGAUGCGGAGGCCAUUCCCAUCAUCUACGGACACGGCAACGGCUUCUUGAAGAGCGACUACUAUGAUGCCUUCGUCUCCAUCCGUCGCGGCCUCUUCAACACCCGCGACCGCGCUGAGCACACGCGCAAACGCAAAACUGUCGCUCACACCUUCUCCGCGAAGUCUGUUGGCCAGUUCGAGCAGUAUAUGCACCACAACCUCGAGGAACUACAGCGCCAAUGGGACCAGCGCGCAGAUGCCGAGAAAGGAGGCUACUACAAGAUGGAUGCGCUGAACUGGUUCAAUUAUCUCGCGUUCGAUGUAAUCGGGGAUCUGGCGUUUGGUGCGCCGUUCGGCAUGCUAGAGAAGGGCGCGGACGUCGCAGAGGUCCGCAAGAGUCCUGAUGCCCCGCCGACAUACGCGCCUGCAAUCGAGGUGCUGAACCGUCGGGGAGAAGUCUCAGGAACCCUCGGAUGCUUGCCUCAGUUGAAGCCCUACGCCAAAUACCUCCCAGACCCCUUCUUCACCCAGGGCAUCGCCGCCGUCGAAAACCUCGCCGGCAUCGCAAUCGCCCGCGUAAACGACCGCCUCCAGAACCCCUCCGACCGCGUCGACCUCCUCGCCCGCCUCAUGGAAGGCCGCGACGAAGCAGGCGCCCCCCUAGGCCGCCAGGAACUCACCGCCGAGGCCCUCACCCAGCUCAUCGCAGGCAGCGACACCACGAGCAACACCUCCUGCGCGCUGCUCUACCACUGCCUGACCCAUCCCAACGUAGUCAGCAAACUCCACGCUGAGUUGGACGCCGCCAUCCCAGACGUAGACCACGUGCCGAAUUUCGCACAGGUCAAGGACCUCCCGUACUUAGACGCAGUGAUCAAAGAAACGAUGCGCAUACACUCCACCUCCUCGCUCGGUCUUCCCCGCGUCGUUCCCCCAGGCCCAGGAAUCACCAUAGCCGGCGCGCACUUCCCACAGGGCACCGUGCUCUCUGUCCCAGCUUACACCAUCCACCACAGCACCGCGAUAUGGGGUCCUGACGCGGAGGACUUCCGCCCUGAGCGCUGGGAAAAUGUUACAGAGCAGCAGAAGAACGCUUUUAUACCGUUUAGCUAUGGGCCGAGGGCGUGCGUGGGACGGAACGUGGCGGAGAUGGAGCUGGCGCUUAUUGUGGGGACGGUGUUUAGGCGGUAUGAGUUUGAGCUGCGGCAGGGGGAGAUGGAGACGAGGGAGGGGUUUUUGAGGAAGCCGUUGGGGUUGGAGGUGGGGAUGAGGAGGAGAAAAGAAUAA